UUUGGAACGGAGUUUUGACAACCUAAUUCCGUUGAAACGUCCCUGCUUUCAGUUGGUUGUCGUUGUUAUCGGGUCAAUAUCAUCGGGCCCGGCGACGACGGAGUUCGCUCCUCCUUAUUUGCGCUUCUUCAAGCGCCCUUCACGACCAUGAUCCCUUGCCCCCGAUUCUAUCUCGGAUCUCACUGGCAGAUCCACCACCACCGCCAAAACCAACUUCCUAGCUUCCGUUUCUCUUCCCAAUGGAUCCCACUUCUCGCCCCGCUGUCGUCAUCGAUAACGGCACCGGGUAUACUAAGAUGGGAUUUGCGGGUAAUGUAGAGCCGUGUUUUAUUCAACCAACAGUAGUAGCAAUUAACGAGUCUUUUGUAAAUCAAUCUAGAACUUCAAAAUCGAAUUGGUCAGCUCAGCAUUCGGCUGGGGUAAUGGCAGAUCUUGAUUUCUUUAUUGGAGAUGAAGCACUUGCGAAAUCCCGAUCAAGUAAUACUUAUAGCCUUACCCAUCCCAUUCGGCAUGGUCAAGUGGAUAAUUGGGAUGCGAUGGAACGGUAUUGGCAACAAUGUAUUUUCGAUUAUUUACGGUGUGAUCCUGAAGACCAUUACUUUUUGUUGACUGAGAGUCCACUUACUGCUCCCGAGAAUCGAGAAUAUAUGGGUGAAAUAAUGUUUGAGACGUUUAAUGUUCCAGGGCUUUAUAUUGCUGUGAAUUCUGUCCUCGCUUUAGCUGCUGGCUACACUACAUCUAAGUGUGAGAUGACAGGGGUGGUAGUUGAUGUUGGAGAUGGGGCUACACAUAUCGUACCUGUUGCAGAUGGUUAUGUUAUUGGGAGCAGCAUUAAGUCAAUACCAAUAGCAGGAAAAGAUGUUACUCUCUUCAUACAGCAGCUCAUGCGGGAAAGAGGAGAGAAAGUUCCGCCGGAGGACUCAUUUGAAGUUGCUCGGAUAGUUAAGGAGAGAUUUUGCUAUACUUGUUCCGAUAUUGUCAAGGAGUUCAACAAGCAUGAUAAAGAACCUUCAAAGUACAUCAAACAGUGGAGAGGUAUUAGAACAAAGACAGGGACGCCAUACACCUGUGAUAUUGGUUAUGAACGAUUUUUGGGCCCUGAGGUUUUGUUUAGUCCCGAGAUCUAUAGCAACAGCAACUUUACAACUCCUUUACCAGUUGUAAUAGACAAGUGCAUUCAGUCAGCACCAAUUGACACAAGAAGAGCUUUGUAUAAGAAUAUAGUAUUAUCUGGUGGAUCAACCAUGUUCAAAGACUUUCACAGAAGGCUGCAGCGGGAUCUGAAAAAGAUUGUGGAUGCCCGAGUACUUGCUUCUGAUGCUCGGCAUGGCAGGGAAGUAAAAGUACAACCUGUUGAAGUAAAUGUAGUCAGUCAUCCUAUCCAAAGAUUUGCAGUGUGGUUUGGAGGUUCUGUACUUGCAUCAACACCUGAAUUUUUUGCGGCAUCUCAUACAAAAGCAGAAUACGAGGAACAUGGAGCAAGCAUUUGUCGCACAAAUCCUGUAUUUAAGGGGAUGUAUUGAGGCAAAUUUCCCUUUUCAGUAGAAGUAACAUGUUAGGCAGCGACUAGCCAGUCCCAAUAGCAGUGGUCGGAAAAGGAAAGUUUUUACAUUCAUUCUUUAAUUAGGAGUCGAGAGUCCUCAAGGCAUCCAUAUGGAAUGCCAUUCAAAUUUGUUACUAGCAAGCCCUGCCUACACUUAUGGAUCGGAUGGAGAGUAUCUAAUAGAUGGAUAAGAAAAUGUUUGAGCUGUAUUGCAGAUUAAGUUUUCAGCUUACAUAGGGUGCGGCAUGGAAAAAUAAAAUAAAAUCAGUAAGAUGGAGGGAGCAGCUGCCUUUCUUUCACCAGUGCAUUGUCUGUUAGUAAACAGUUAGAAAUUCGGUUUUCUUUUUAUGGCAUUUAGUAAUUGGUAUUGAUAUUUUGUGUGAUACUUGAUCAUAAAUAGGGUAAUGUUCAAAUA